UUGACAGCACGGCUUUGAAAGUGAACCGAAAACGCCCGGCCGUUUCUCCUUGUUCGUCGUGUGUGUGUGUGUUUUUUCUUUUCAUAAGAGUGUGGUAUGUGGGAAAUCGACUAGAUAUGAGCACCAGUCUGUAACCGAGGUUUUAUUUUGUUUGUUUGUUUUGGGGCGUCGUUUCAAUACUAGGUUAGAAAAGUUUGUAAAAAAUUUUGUGGUUGUUGCACGCGCGAAGUCCCGAAGAAGCCAAACAUGUCGCGAGACCCUGACGAGGUGAAUAAACUGACUGAGAGCACGUACAAGAAUGUUAUGGAACAGUUUAACCCGGGGCUGAAGAACCUUAUCAACCUUGGAAAGAGCUACGAGAAAGCUGUCAUGGCCAUGACCCUAGCUGGAAAGAUGUACUUUGAAGCUGUGGGUAAAAUCGGGGAGAACGCUGCAGUAUCGCCAGUGUCGAGAGAAUUAGGGGUGGUGUUGACGGAGAUCUCUGAUGCCCACAGGAAAGUCCUACUCGAGCUUGAAGAGAAUUUCAGACGCUUCCAUCGAGAAAUUAUUGUCGAGCUGGACAAGAAGACCGAUAUGGACGUGAAAUACAUGACGGCCACAUUUAAGAAGUAUCAGUUGGAGCACAAGAUAAAGCAGGACUCAGUGGAUCGGUCUCAGGCUGACCUAAAAAAGCUGAGGAGGAAGAGCCAAGGGAAGAACGCACUGAAGUAUGAAAGCAAAGAGAAUGAGUGUUUGGAGACCCUCACACAACGCCAGAUGGACAUGCAGAAGUUUAUUGCAGAUGGCUGUAAGGAGGCUUUGCUUGAGGAGAAAAGGAGGUUCUGCUUCCUGGUGGACAAACAUUCUACUUUCUCCUACCAGUUAGGAGCUUUUUAUGAAAAGGCAAAGGAUAUACUAGCAGAGCAAAUUCCUAACUGGCAAGACAAGUGUACUGAUCUUACCAACGUUCCAGACAGUGUGAUGUCAAUGAUAGAAGGUCUGCGCACCCCAGUGUCCAUAACCCCUCUGCCUUCUCCAGCCAUAAGUCGCCACAGCAGGAACAAUUCUGAUGCACUGGUUCCACCUCCUGCACCCCCACUUAAAGCUCAAAUAAGUCCACUAGUGAGCAUGUUCAACCAAGACACAGCAAAGCAAGACACUGUAACUACAGAUACUAGUCAUGAUGGGAGUCAAAUGGUCAGGUCUAUUUCAAUGGCUACAGGGCUGAACAAUAUGAGCCAGAGGCCACGUGUUAGGACUAUCUUCCCCCACAAAUCUGGAAAUAACAACACCCUGCUGAGCUUUGAUGAGGGUGACUUCAUCACACUCCUCAUCCCUGAUGAGAGAGACGGCUGGCUUUAUGGAGAAUUGGAGAAGACCAAACAACGGGGCUGGUUUCCAUCCUCCUACUGUCGUCCAUAUGUAGAGCCUGUGGUAAAUAACAGUGUCAUUGGAAAUCCUCCAGCACGCAGUAAGAGUGUGGCCAACCUCAUGCAGCAGGACCCCGACGAUGAUGUGUUGCUGCCUCCUCCUGACUACAGUGACACUCCUGUCAGGAGGAACUCAACCAAGUCCCUGAUUCAGACACGCGUGUCUUCGUCUGAAAACACCAACACCGUUUCUCAGGCAAAUGGAAUCUCAAAGCCGCCUUUUCUAGGGGGUGGGAACCCUUUUGCCACUGUAAAGCUGAGGCCCACAGUCACCAAUGACAGAUCGGCACCUAAGAUCUGAUCAUCACCGCCCUCUACCCUUCUAAUCAUCAGCAUCAACUUUCCACCACCACCACCACCACCAAUGCUGUGUGAACUCGGACUUUCCUUCCUCAAAGUACUACAUUAUACAUGGGCUUCAGGCCAUGUUGGAUUUGGACUAGAUACCAUGGUGGCCUCAUUGCACACAGGCAAACUAAACAUUUAUCUAUGUACAUGAUAAAGCCAAUAUACAUACACUUUUUUAAAUCAUUCAGACGUUUGCGCUGCCUUACAGGGUUUGUCCUGGAUGAUGAGCAAGAGCAGUGCUAAAUAGAUUUAUAUUAGAGUAAACAUGCUUAUAAUAUAUUUUGUCUCGAGUCCCUACCUGGCGUUGAUGACUGCUUUUAAGUUGCAAGAAUAACACGCCAUCCCUGUGCUGAGACGGACCGAAUCCUAGGUUGGUCAAAUAAUUGUUGCAAUUCUUUUUUUUUUACAUCAUUGUGGGACAGUUUAUGAAUGUAAAAAUGGGAACAAGGCACUGAAUUUUUUCAGGUUAUAUAGUGUUGAUGUAAUUAUGCAGGAUUACUUAAAUUGUACCAGGUUAUUUAAAAUUUCAACCAUCAUGGUACAGUAGGAUUAAACACUUGCUUUAAUUUUAAAUACUUAAUAGUAUGUAUAGAUUUAAAACUUUAUGCUUUUACAGACACAUUCCCAGAUACUAUUUAAGAACGUUUUUUUCUUUUUAUUUUUUAUUAAUGUUGUCACUAGAAAUUAAUUUUAAGCAUCCGUAUAUUCAAUUCGCAAGCAUCCUCACUUCUCUUUGAUAGUAACAUAGAGAAAACAGCAUUUAUAAUUACAUGAACAACUAAUUGUUCUUCAAUUUAUUGUGAGGCUUGAAGGUAUCCAUUUAUGCAUUUUAUUAUCAGUUUUCUCUUUUCCAAUGCCCUGUAAAUUAUUGCUAUAUGAAAUAAAAAUGUUUAU